AUGGCUUCGCCGAACAAAAAAGCCAAGGAAUUAGAGGAUCCAGGUUCGGGUGAGGGUGUUGAGACACGAGAUUACGACAUUGAAAUACAGAAGACACUUGAAGAGAUUGACGGGUGUCAGAAUCAAAUCGAUGGCCUCAAUGAGAAGGCCAGCGACGAAAUUCUUGAAGUUGAAAAGAAGUAUAAUAAGUUGCGUAAGCCCUAUUUCCAGAAGAGAAAUGACAUUAUUAAAAGGAUACCCAAUUUUUGGGUCACUGCUUUUAUGUGCAAAUUUGCAUGUUAUUAUUCAUACAUAAUUAAUUUUUAUGAAGAUGAGGAGGAUGCACUUCGAUUUUUAAACAAAUUGGAAGUUGAAGAAUUUGAAGAUAUUAAAUCUGGUUAUAGAAUUAAUUUUCAUUUUGAUGAAAAUCCAUAUUUUGAAAAUGAUGUUCUUACAAAAGAAUUUCAUCUAGGUUCUUCUGGAGAUCCAGCAUCUCAAAGUACACCUAUACGUUGGAAAGAAGGUGCAGAUUUAACAAAAAGAGCAAAAACCAAAGCCCCAUUAAAAGGUCGUAAAAGGCCACUAAAACACAGGUCAUUUUUUGACUGGUUUACGGAUCAUGGAGAUCCAAGUUCAGAUGAAAUAGCAGAGUUAAUUAAAGAUGAUAUGUGGCCUAAUCCAUUGCAGUAUUAUUUAGCACCAGAUAUGGAUGUUGAAAAUGGUAUUGAAGGAGAUGGUGAAGAUUGCGAUACAGAGGAGGAGGAAGAAGAAGAAGAUGGUGGAGCAGAUGAUGGUGAUGAAGCAGGUGAUGGUGAGGAGGGUGAUGAUAGUAUAGUUGUUGUCGAAGAUGAUGUAGAUGAAGAUGAAGAGGAAGAAGAGGCUGUGAAUGAUGAAGAUGAUGGGGUAAACGAAGAUGAUGAUUUAUUAGUAGAUGAUGAAGUGGAUCGUGAAGAUGGCGAGGGGGAAGAACCAGAAUAGAAUUUAAAAGUUGAUUUUUCACAACAUUGGUUACAGUCAUAGACAAUGAGAAAGAAUCAUUGAAAAUACACAUCAGAUUGAUUGAGAAUAGAUGAAGUUUGCAGGACUGAAAAUAUUGAGCCAUAUGAAUAAACCUCAGGACAAUUUUGGAAAAUAAAGUAGGAAAUAGAAUUUAGUAGACCUAAUCUUUUUCGGCACAGAAGGUAAUUGUGUGUAUAAAAGUACAAUAUUUGUUUGGUCGUGCCGAAAUUAAAGAAACGAUGGUCUGAAAUAAAUUAGAUAGGUUUUUCACUGUACUUUGUUCUAAAACAGUGCCGGCACACAGUACGAAUUCCUUAGUUAUAUUCAUAUGGCCUAGUCAUUCUCUACAUAGUACGUAUAUGAUGAAGAACACCUGCUCAGCUUCAUCGUGUUACAAUUACAUUAAGAAGAAAAUAAAUUAUAAGAAA